AUGGAGACCGCAAGCGACAAGGAAUGGGCGAACAAAUAUCUUCUUGACCCCUUGAAUGCGCCUGAACCAUCGCAAGAGGAUGGCCCAGGCAACACUUUCCGACCAGGUACUACUGUCUCUGCGGUCCCUGCUUCACCUCCCAGCACCUCAAAGACUGCUUCGGGUCGGCGGCUCUCGAAGAACAAUCCAUACCGCAAGAACUCUCUAUCUACCACAACCACGACCGAGAUCAGACGGAGCGCUUCGCUGCACAGUCCCACCAGCAGCCAUGGCCGCGCAAGCCUAGUCGCCUCGCCCCGAUCUCCAGUGGCUUCGCCGACCAUGAGGCAGUCUUCCAACCCCCAGUCACCUCGGUCUCCAAGUCACAGACAGGAGGCUUUUGGCGACAAGUCUACAGGAAGCGGCCGACGCAGGGGAAGUUCGCUAUCCGAGCGGUAUCCCGGCGACAUGUCACACCGGCCAUUGGAUCAAUUGGCGAAAGAGAAGGCUGUCGCAGACCGCGCGCGUCAUGCCACCAAGAAACAUCACAUUCAGCCAGAUGUGAUCGACAGCUUGGACGACAGCGGAGGUUCUGCAUGGCAUCACGGAGGUCCCUACGAUGCCACAUUGUAUGCCCGGAACAAUUCCUCCAAUUCGCCUCUUGCCGCCGUGGCCGACUCCAACGCCGAAGCUCUCAAGGCCACCCCCAAAGAGAAAAUCAUUGACAGUGUCGUGCGCCAUCGACCUCUUGAUGGCGUUGCAGCUUACCCGCCAGGAUUUGAGGACCCCAUGGGUAACUCGUACGAAUACGAAGAAGGCGAGAAUAUGAUGGUCGAGAACAGUCCCGGCGGCGGCGCUUACAAACGAUGGCCCGGGAUCCCAUAUCUUCCCGAGGACAUCAAAGGCAAAGGCGAGCCCAGCUACAGCAUCGAGAAGGCCUUGAAAGAGCAUUCGAUCCGUGACGAUGGUGUCGGAAGUGAGGGCAUCGAACUGCAGUCCAGACAUCGCAGCAGCAGUGGUGCCAUCGCCACAGCGGACUCCAGCUGGGACAAUGGCUCGGGGCAGAUGGGCCGCAGUGGCAGCAUCAGCAAAAGGCUGAGUGGUGGCUUGAAGAAGAGAUUCGGCAGUAUCAAAAGACGAAGCCACCAUGAAGAGUAA